AUGAGUCGUCAGGCUUAUUUCUAUCGUGUCCCUCCACAGGAAUUACAUAGAAGAACUCAACUUCAGCCUGAGCCAGCAAAGACGAAGGCUCUUCAGACAGUUAUUGAAAUGAAGGAUACAAAAAUAGCUUCACUUGAGCGCAAUAUAAGAGAUCUUGAAGAUGAAAUACAGAUGUUAAAGACAAAUGGAGUUCUGAAUACAGAGGACAGAGAAGAAGAAAUCAAACAAAUAGAAGUUUACAAGAGUCACUCUAAGUUCAUGAAAAAUAAGAUUGAUCAACUGAAACAAGAACUGUCAAAGAAAGAAUCAGAGCUUCUUGCCUUACAAACUAAGCUUGAAACCCUUAGCAAUCAGAAUUCAGAUUGCAAGCAACACAUUGAAGUGCUUAAAGAGUCACUUACUGCCAAAGAACAAAGAGCUGCCAUACUUCAGACAGAGGUUGAUGCCUUGCGGUUACGACUGGAAGAAAAAGAAACCUUUCUGAAUAAAAAAACAAAACAACUUCAAGACCUCACAGAAGAGAAAGGAACCCUGGCUGGAGAGAUUCGAGAUAUGAAAGACAUGUUGGAAGUAAAAGAAAGAAAAAUUAAUGUCCUUCAAAAAAAAAUUGAAAAUCUACAGGAGCAACUUAGGGACAAAGACAAACAACUAACUAAUCUAAAAGACAGAGUGAAGUCAUUGCAGACGGAUUCUAGUAACACAGACACAGCACUAGCAACCUUAGAAGAAGCUCUGUCAGAAAAGGAAAGAAUAAUAGAGCGCUUGAAGGAGCAAAGGGAGCGAGAUGACAGAGAAAGACUUGAAGAAAUUGAAUCUUAUAAAAAAGAAAACAAAGACCUGAAGGAGAAAGUUAAUGCUUUACAAGCUGAACUGACAGAAAAAGAGUCUAGUUUAAUCGAUCUCAAAGAACAUGCAUCUUCAUUGGCAUCAGCAGGGCUGAAAAGAGACUCCAAACUUAAGUCUUUAGAAAUAGCCAUAGAACAAAAGAAAGAAGAGUGUAGUAAGUUGGAAGCACAGUUGAAAAAGCAAGCUGAACAGUUGUUCAAUCAGAUGUACAAUCCAGCUCAUGAGGCUGAAGAGGAGGCACGGAUGAAUCCAGAAUUUGCAGAUAGAAUGAAACAGCUUGACAAAGAGGCAUCGUACUAUAGAGAAGAAUGUGGCAAAGCUCAGGCUGAGGUUGACAGACUUCUAGAAAUACUCAAGGAAGUAGAGAAUGAGAAGAAUGACAAAGAUAAGAAAAUUGCUGAGUUAGAAAGCUUGACUUCCAGACAUAUGAAGGACCAAAACAAGAAGGUUGCCAAUCUGAAGCACAAUCAGCAAAUGGAGAAAAAGAAGAAUGCACAGUUGUUGGAAGAAGUUCGUAGGCGAGAGGACAAUAUGACUGACAACUCUCAACAUUUACAAGUGGAAGAGCUGAUGAAUGCACUGGAAAAGACUAGACAAGAAUUAGAUUCUACCAAAGCCCGUCUUGCCUCAACACAGCAGUCUUUGGCUGAAAAAGAAGCACACCUGGCUAACCUGAGAAUAGAGCGAAGAAAACAGCUUGAAGAAAUUCUGGAAAUGAAACAGGAAGCGUUGCUUGCUGCAAUUAGUGAAAAAGAUGCAAACAUUGCGUUGCUUGAACUAUCUGCUUCAAAGAAAAAGAAGACUCAAGAGGAAGUGAUGGCUCUUAAACGAGAGAAGGACAGAUUAGUACAUCAGUUAAAACAGCAGACACAAAACAGAAUGAAACUGAUGGCAGAUAACUAUGAUGAUGACCAUCACCACUACCACCACCAUCACCACCACCACCACCAUCGAUCUCCUGGAAGGCCACAACACUCCAAUCAGAGACCCUCUCCAGAUCAG